AUGGAGCGAAGGAGGUAUAUCGCACCAAGUUUCCUUCAUAUACCCUCAAAUAUCGAGAAGAAUGAAGUAGCUAGUAGAGAAACCCGCAACCAUGAGUAUCUCAAGCGUCAGCGUGGCCUGGAGAUAUUCGUAGAGGAAGACGAUGAGCGGGAAUGCACCCCGAAAGAGUCAAGCAGCUUUGGUAAUGCAGCACCGAUUGAUUCUGCUGCUUUUAGCUUAAAAGUAGAUAUAGAAGAGUUCAUUAAAUCCGGUGAUACAACAUUCACAACAUCAGCUACGGUUUGCAAUGAUUUCCUUCAAAGUGGUGAGAGUGUGUGGCGACCUCAUGGUACAUCUCCCACGCCACUGGAGCUUCCAAGCGUUAAGCCUCAGUUGGAUCCGCAUGGGCCAGAAUUUUCGCGGCAAAUUCAAGGACAAUAUCAACACUCGAAAUGUGUUACAAUGGCUUCAUCGCACAAUUUUAACCAUUUGUCAUCGAUACGGACUUUCUUUCCUGUGGCGCCAACGAACUCCAUAUCUCCUCCUUAUGUGCUUCAGAGGCAAAAGGAGCACGAAGCUGAAGGUGUUCAAAUUAAAACUGGGAUCAGCAACGACAGCAAGCGAUAUGAGGAGAAAAUUGCUGAUGGGUUCUCGUCAGGGGGUCCCGAGACAUGUGCCGUCGGGAUACUACUCCAGGACCCGGUGUCAUCCGCUCUUGGCCAGCAGCAUUAUGGGCACUCUCCAAGCGACCCGGAAGUUAAGUCCGAUCAGCUGCGUAUGUCUGUGCAACUGGAGUUAGAUCGUAUCCUUCCACGGACAAUAGAAGCUGGAAAAUCAGCGCUGGUUGGAGCGCCUACAAGUAGCCUACGUAGUGAGAUCGGGAGCGAUAGCGCGAGCGGUACUCAGGACGAAACUGAUUUUGACUGUUUCAAGAACACCGUCGAUAACGUUUUCAGUGCUGGAGGAACCCAAACAUAUCAAGAAAAUAUGAGGAGUGAAAUGAUGCUCUCGGAUGGGAUUUCACUCUACAAAAUUGACCAUCAAGAGAGUGGAAAGAUCUUGCAAGAGGCCCUUGCAGAAUUGCCAGGGCUUCCAAGACUUGCUGUAUAUGACCGCACACAUUGCCCUUUUCGGGACGUUGACAGCACUGGUUUCACCGAUGCAUUCCAUGAUCGCGUUCAGCAAGAGCUCACUAAUAGAGCCCUUUAUUCAGCGACUAUUCAUCAGAGUAUUGUGCAGCAAUGGCAGAAUACAAAUUAUGAAGCACUAGAAAACGAGGUACUUGAAAGUAAUCCUAACAGUAGUCCUGUGAUUACAAUGGAAACAUCCGCGUUAAUACGUAGAUGGUCAAGGCAGCUACUUUUGGAAGGGACAGUUGAUUACGUGCAACUUGGGAGACAUCUCCUUCUGAAGUCGUCAAGGAAAGCAAUGACUCUUUUUCACGACCAGCUAAAGAGGAACGGGGUUGUGGAUAAAUGUGUCACUGGAUCUGUAAAGGACCACUGCUCGCUAAAGGAACUAGUAGAAGAGCAGAAUCCUGAUGCUGCAUCCGAAGAUCUGGGUUUAUAUCCCACUGUAUUAGCCUUCUUAGAAAGUAAGAAGAAACAGUAUGAUACAACGCAUGCCUGUGUAGUGAACUUGGUGCUGGAUGCUUAUCAAGGUGAGCGAAAUACUCGUGUAGAUGCAGAGGCUGAUGAAGUAAAAAGGUGUGAAGAUGCAUCCCGUCAUGCACGACAGUUACUUCACCGGGUGCUGCAGCUCUAUGAACACGAGAAAGACUCACAGCGACCACAACAAGACAAGGAGCGUAUAAAAAAAAGACGCAGAUUGCUGCAUCUGGAGGCGGACACUGGUAGAUCACCUUUGAACGGGAAGCGCUAUUCCUAA